GCGCAGACAUUCGUUCCAGGGACAAGAAACAGGCACAGUUUGUGACUCGACUCUCCUCUGACCUAACUACAGCUCGGAAGUAAUAGCACGGCCUUGACCAUCACGCACGACCACAUUUUAGUUGGCCUUUGCCCCGCAAACGCCGUGUCCUUACGGAAAGCGCUACUGCAGAGCUGAAAUUCGCGCCUCGACGCACGUUUUCUUUCUGUGGUCAUACAGCCAUCAUCUCGUCGUCCUUCUCCUCAUCGUCUGAUUCUUCUUCUUGUCCACUCCUGUCCCUUCCAUCUCGCUCCUUCCUCUCCCCGGCGCUGUUAUCUCAUCAUAGCAUGUUGGCGCAUUGAGCGCACAUCGACUCCUGCCUACAUGAUCCCACCUGAAGAAACACCCGAGUACACGAGCGAGCUCAACGUCUUGAGUCCAGUAUCUCCCAAGCCAGUCCACUACCCUGUGCCUUCCAACAUUCCUGUUCUCGAAAACCAGAUCGAUCCCAUCUUCAACCAGACCAGGACGCAUAUGGCUGAAGUCCCGCCUCAACAGCUCCCUCCUCCGAUGUAUCAAGACCAGCAAGCUGGCGCCUUCAACCAACAACUUCAUCAACACCAACAUGCCCAACAUACUCAGUCUCAUUCUAACCAUCCUGAAGCCUACAUGACUCAUCAAACAGGUCAAGCAGGGCAGGGUCAAGCCCAGGCUCUCUCUCAAGCGCAGAGUCAGGGUCAUCAAGCUUAUCAUCAGGUGCAAGAGCAGGCCAUGAUUGGAACGGAUAGUCAGACCAAUCAAGUUCCUCCUGUCGUACAUUAUGACGAGAAGUACUCUUACCAGCCCACCGCCUCUGGCGCCGUGGCCUCGCAUGACGCUUCUGCCUCUGCAUCUGUUCCAUCUGACAUUCCUUAUCCCUCUACUGCUGCCCAUCAUCUCCCUGCCUUGCCAACCCAUUUCAACAACGAUGCCUCCUUCCAGAGCAACUCCUUCCACGCUCAGAACCAAGUCAACGCCUCUACAGCCAACGCCAGUGCGACUGAGCUCCCCCCAGGUGUUGAGACCAAUAGUUUGCAGAGCCUUCUCAACAACUUGUCGCAACCCACCCAUAGUCAGGCUCAGUCCACUUCUCCCUCCUCCCAAGUCGCUCAGACUCCCCCCAAUCCUGCAAAGUCUGCUCAAGCCGCUGCUCAACAAGAGCAAGCUUACUCGACCUAUACGAACAACUUCCAAGGUCAACAAGGCCAGCAAUCGCAGCCGCAACAGCAGAACGGAGGAUACACAAGCAACAACGUAGGCGCCAAUGGUUUGCCUCCUCCACCCACCGCUUCGUUUCAGCAAGGCGUCAAGCUCGAGAGUCAGCGUGAGAGAAAGCAAGCAGCAGGAGAAGUUCUGGACGAGGACGAUCAGCCUUGGACACCAGAGACACAGCAUCGCUACGACAACUUCCUUACCGAGGAGAGAAAGUAUGUGACUGAGGGUAACUGGGAGCAGUUCCCCUAUGGGUCGAGAUUGUUCGUCGGCAAUCUUUCCAGCGAAAGAGUGACGAAGCGUGACAUCUUCCACGUCUUCCACAAGUAUGGCGAUUUGGCACAGAUCUCAAUCAAGCAGGCGUAUGGCUUCGUGCAGUUUCUGGAAUCUAGUGGUUGCUCCAAAGCUAUUAGCGCCGAGCAAGGAAAGACUAUCCGAGGAAAGAAGAUUCACCUCGAAGUGAGCAAGCCUCAGAAGAACCGCAACCCCGAUCCACGCGCCCCUCGUCGUUCACGUUCGCCCGAUACUGGCCGAGCUGGUAGCUCCUCGGUCGUACCAGAUCGUUAUCUACCAGCCGACAGGAGAGCAGAAAGAGAUCGAGACAGAGAUAGGGACAGAAACAGAGACAGACGGUCCCGCGACUAUCGUCCUGGAAGAUCUCCUUCGCCACGCUCUCCUAGAUCUCCCAGAUCCUACCGCGGUCGCGACAGGAGUAGAGACAGAUACGAUGCUCGGUACAGGAGCAGGUCCAGAACACCACCCUACGGUGGACGUAGCGGUCGCUUCCGCAGUCCUAGUCCGAGAAGACGCAACAGCGACGAUGACCUACCCCUGCCACGAAGAGCUCCACGCGAUGUACCCGACGUACAGAUCAUUGUUCUGGACGACCUCGAUCGCAACUUCAUAGCAUGGCUCGAGCACUCCUUCACUCUCCAGGGCAUCCGUGUCGAUGUCUUGCUUUUGUCUCCACGUCUGUCCGAAGCUGCUGUCGUCCGUCGUCAGAUCCUUGAGGGCGUUCUGGCAGUUUCGCGCAUCACGCGCAUCAAUCAGCAAACGGCCAAAAUACCUCUGCAAAUCUUCGAUCGACGCGCUGGUAUAGAGAAUGUGCGCUUUGACGAGUACGACAACCUUGAUCCCACCAUCGCCGCUCAGUUAGUCUUGCGCGCAAAGGCUGCUCCUGCUUAUGCACCACCUCAACCCGUACCUGCUCCUGUACAGUAUGGCUACGGAGCAGGCGUCACCGCCGCAGGCCCAAACCUCUCCAAUUUGAUCACCUCUCUUGAUCCUACUGGUUUGCAGAAGCUUCUCGGUGUCAUGCAGCCGCCAGGUAUCCCCACAGGCCCUCAAACUGGUUUCCCUGCUACAGCCUUGACACCAGACCUGGCCAAACUUCUUGGUAACGCUACUGCAGUUCGCCCACCACCUCCAUUGUCGUCGCCCGGUAUUCACACACCGGGUCUGCAGUCACCACCGUCUUACGCUCAAUUGCCUCACCCUAGCCAAGAUCCGCUGGCUGCAUUGAGAGCAAACCCUGCUUUGGCGAAUCUCCUUGCUCAGUCGCCUCAGAGCAUUGGUGUUCCUCAUUUGGGCGUCCAAACCCCAAACCUGCGUUCACCAAUCCAGCCUCAGCAGCAACAUUCUCUACCCAACAAUGGACAACCCGAUAUGGCCGAUAUCCUCGCAAAGCUAGGGUCUUACAGGCGAUAGUCUCAGCCUUGAGAUUUGAAUGCUGCUACCACUCUAUUCACACUCACAACCGCCACCUCGCAUCCUCCCCUUCUGUCUCUUUGUUUCUGGGCGCACAUAGCGAAAUCUUUUGUUUGAGUUUUUUCUUCCUUUCGGGGCCUUGGAGGCAUCAUGGGAGGUAUCAUGAAAUUUGCAUUGUCCGGAUUGUUCUUUCUUGGGUCUAUUCGGGUACUCGCAUUUCAAGGGUCUCCUUAUUCAUUACAGCAUGGCUUACUGGUGCAUGGUGUACUUCACUGUUUGGCGUUUGAUUCCUUGCGUCGUUCUUGCAAGGAAAAGUUGUUGUUUCCGCACAUCUUUCGGGAUUCGGUGUCAGGAGUGUGAAUGGAGUUCUUUUUAACAUUUGUUUUCGGAGUAGGAAGGGGAGAUAUUCUGAUAGGUAUAAGUGAUACAAGAAUGAGAGUUAUACAACUU